UUUCCUUUGAGCUUGAGGCAGCGGCUGGACAUUCUCAUUGGUGCUGCACGUGGCUUGGAGUACCUCCACAGCUUUGGCAUUGUGCAUCGCGACAUUAAACCCGCCAAUGUCCUCAUUACUGCCGACUUGCAUGCCAAAAUUGCAGAUUUUGGGCUUGCAAGGGCUGAAGAGGGAAGCACCGUGGGCUGCACUCGAGUAAUGGGAACACCAGGAUAUGUGGAUCCGAUCUAUUCCAAGACUUCAUUAGCAACCACGGAGACGGAUGUCUACUGGUGAGCUAUUUUCUCUAGUAUUAUCUAA